AUACUGUUGGAAUAGGCUUUGGCCAUCAGAAACCACAUAUUGGGUUUAAUGUGUUCAAUCAGUGGAUGGAUGGAUAUUUAUGUAUGUUGUAGAGCAGAGGUUACCACUGCUACUUCACAACUCUAAGAACCUGAAUUCAAAACCCAACUUGGGAUGGCAUUUACAUGAAUUUUCUCAGAGUAUCUCGGCUACAUUCUACAUCUCAUAGAAGUGCAGGUUAUUGAAUGUUAGUUGGUUCAGUAUCAGAAAGAAUGCGUAUAAGUAUGUCCUAGGAUGGAGGUGACAUGAUGUGACUCUGUAAUGGAAAAGGUGGACAAUCUGAGAACAUAAAAGCUAUUAAAUGGAGAGAGCGCAUAGCCUUAUGACAUAAAAUCUCUACUUCACAUGAGGGGCUGCAGUGUGGCUGUGACAGUAAAUUCAUAGCCGAGGAGUCGUAACAAAGUGGCUGCCCCACCUCCCAAAUUUAAUGUUUGUUGUUUCAGGUUUCAGAAAAAUCAGAAAACAGGGAAAAUGGCGCAGAUUAAUCCUAUGCCGAUGGGACCCUGGAAGAUCACAGUCUACGAUCAAGAGUGUUUCCAGGGCAAACGUAUGGAGUUCACAGCUUCCUGCCAAAACAUCAUGGAAUGCGGCUUUGAUAAUAUUCGAUCUCUUAAGGUGGAAUGUGGCGCCUGGGUGGGGUAUGAACACUCCAGUUUCUGUGGGCAGCAGUUUGUCUUGGAAAGAGGAGAAUACCCACGCUGGGAAGCCUGGAGUGGCAGCAAUGCCUACCAUGUUGAAAGGCUCAUGUCCUUCCGCCCCAUUUGCUCAGCUAACCAUAAAGAGUCCAAGAUGACUGUGUUUGAACGAGAGAACUUCAUUGGUCGACAAUGGGAAAUCUGUGACGACUAUCCCUCACUGCAGGCCAUGGGAUGGUGCAACAAUGAGAUUGGAUCCAUGAAGAUUUUGAAUGGAGCAUGGGUGUGCUACCAGUACCCAGGAUACCGUGGUUACCAAUACAUCAUGGAGUGUGACCAUCAUGGUGGCGAAUACAAACACUGGAGAGAAUGGGGAUCUCACGCUCAGACCUUCCAGGUGCAGUCUAUCCGUCGCAUUCAGCAGUGAGCAGGACUUCUUCUCGAUCCCUACCUAAAGUAUCCCUUUUCACAUCAAAGAGCAGCUGCAGGCUUGCAGUUUGGUGCUAACGUCUAUUCACAGGUCUCUCCUAUCCUAAAAAUGACACAAAGUCUGUACUAUACUGUGAAACAUCCCAGACACUCACCAUCUUCUUCUUUCA